UGGUGGUCUUUAAACUUGAGCGGGUGGGAAUGGGCGAUGACAGGACAGGACAAGACUGGGCAUGGGUGGCACAUCACAGACCAGCUCGUUGUGCAAUGAGUUGGUGUGCUAAGCUGUUGCUCGGUUCUUUAUAACCUGGAUAGCGUGUGUGUUAUACCUGCCAAACACAUCGUCGAUCUCGUAAAUAAAUGAUUGAAUUCGCCUCUCCCGCUCUCCGUUGCUUUGCAUUUUGUAGUCGGUGCACUUUUUGUUCGUUUAGUUUGCGUGCGGACGCCGCCAGUCCUUAAUUCCGUCAUUGUGCCCACAGGGAGUGGUGCCACACAUCAUCUCCUGGAAUAGGUAGCCAUAUUACCAGGUGGCACCAGAGGACUGUUUUUUUUUUUUUUCUUUUCUUUUCUUCUCGCACGUUUGUCUGACGCGUUUCGUGUGCAUUGCGCACAUGGCGAGUGCGUGACAGAAGUUGCAGAGUUUGCAGCCUGUCGAUUAAGAUUACUGUACGUGUGAAAAGAAUCGGAAAAUUAAUUAAAGUGCACGCCAGGGAGUAACAGAAAAACGCGCUCUCUGAAAGCCAAACGCAGACGAGAGCAGAGAGCACCGAGCCGGGCGAACUCCUGCAGGUACACCGGGCUGACAAAACGAAGGAGGAAAGAAACACUCACGAAAGUCUGCCAGCGGCGCCCAUCACGAAGUUACACAGUCCACCAUGCAGCGUCCCAGCCCACCAGUGAGGCAGCCGAAGACCCGCCAGACUCUGACAGGAACUGCAGCGAGGAGACCCCAGGACGUCAAACGAAGGCACGUCGGCGGACACCGCAAGCAGCGGGACAGGGGCGCCGAGGUAGGCGCGGGUGGAGCGGGACACCUGCCGCCGGCCGAGCGGCGCUUCUCAGCUGAGCGGACCCGGGCGGCGGUGAUGCCGCUCCUGGAAGAGCGUCUCCGGGGGGUCGAGUACGAGGCUGACGGCUGUUCCGCGCUGGCUCUGGAGCUUGCUGAGCGGAUCAAAACGGCGGUGCGGGCUCUCUACCACGAGCGCUAUAAGAUCGUGUGCUUUGUGGUGCUGGGCUCGGUGCCGCGGGCGGAGGUGCGCUGCUGCAGCCGAGGCAUGUGGAGCGGGGCGGCCGAUGGCUUCGUCGAGUGCGCCUUUCAGAAUGGCUCUCUGUAUGCGCUGUGUGUAGUGUACGCAGUUUACCACGAGUAGGCGCUGAGACGGACCCCUAGGUAGAGGUGAGCUGACCAGUGGAUAUUCUGGGGGGUUUGGGGUUUAACUGACCAGUAGGGCAGGCCGGACAGGGGCACAGCUCCCUUGCUGGUCAUCUCUGUAUCCGUCACUGCAAGUAGACUCGGCCCUUGUGCCUGUGCAGGUAGACUCCAUAGUUAGUUGUGGAGCCCACAGGGGUCUCACACGGUUAGCCACAGCAUUUGUAGUUAGAACAGCGCACAUCCACGCAUGGUGCAGGGGUCUGGUGAUUAGGGCAGCCUGGGCACGCAUUUAAUGGCCACUGCGCUGCGGUCACCACGCGCUUAGAGAGCCACAAGCAGCCCAGAGGUCCGUGUCACGGGCAGCAGAGCUAAAUCUGUGCUAAUGUAUCUCUAGAGGAAAGCCAAGAGAUGUUAAGGCACAGCUCAUAUAGCGCCUUGACUUGAGGUGAAAAAUGUCAACAAACAUAACUGGCACAAGUGGCAGGAAUCGUCAAAAGGUGGCAUCAUCGACUUGUCCUUGGAAUACGAUCGUUGGGAAUUUGCAAACGUUUUGGGAGGCUCCAGAAGUUCACACCUGAAUUCAGUUUUGGACAUCUGGGAUGGGGUAUGUGGAACGCCAGCUCUGGACGAUUUUGUAAUCCACUUAUUCAAUUUGUGGGAAAUGAAUACAUUUCUAGAAUCAUUGAUGGCUCUUGAAACGAAGCACGGCAUAAAAAGUGGCAAAUUCCUGCGCAUUUACCAAACUGUUGGUUUUGAUAAAGCAGUUGAGUGG